AUGGACGAGUCGCAGGCCAAGCGUCGGCGGGUGGCCCCUCGUUCCUCGGCUGGGACGUCGACGAGCGAGGAGCUUGGCCAAGCGCAAGCUCGUCGUCGAAAUCACCCAUCGUUUGCGUCUCCCACCAGAGCAAGCCUUGCACGUCACAAUCCCCAAAUUCUCCAAAGACGACUGUCUGCAUCUCCUUCGAAAAUACUCUCCCCGACGAGAGCGGCGGCGAGUUCGAGCGAGGCCGCCAGCCGACGCGGGCGCGAAAUGUCAUCCCAGCGGGGGACCCAACCUGGAGCGGCCGACGUGGCCGAGAAUGUGCCCGCAAGCGAGCCGGACCUUGAAGGCUACGAGGACGAGGACGCGGGUGAGACGCGUCGUAGCGAAGCCGGUCCACGCUCGGGAUCCCCUGUCCGGAGAAUCGGAGGCGGCUUUGCUGCGGCACCGAUGAGAUCACCAGUCAGGUCCAGGCCGAGUCCGAGACCACUCCCACCGCCUGCGCCGGAAGGCGACGACGAGUUGAAUCCGUUCAUCGGUCGCCGCCUCCGUCGAUCACCCCCGACAGGUGUCAAUAUACCCCCUCCACCCGAACCCGAACUUCCACCCGCCGUUCCGGAUGUCGUCUCGUCCACACCCCCGAGAGGCAUCCACAGCAGUCCAUCACGAUGGCGAUCGAGGGAUCGGACGAAGAAAAGCUCGCCGUUGAAACCCGCCGCAGAACGGCCCGUCCAUCCAUGGACGGGCAAGCAAUCCGCUCUCGCACCUCGCAGCCUCCAUCAAGAUGCCAACGUCCAUCAGUCGUUGCCCCGCAUGGCCCUCGAUGUGAACACCAGUUUCGCCCGCAGGAUCGUUGCCUUUGAUCCGGAUGAAUCGAAGAAGCAGCGGAAGGAUGAGCUGAUGGCGGAAAUCGCCAAGCUCAAGAAGGACCUGGAGACGGGGAAGAAGGAGAACGAGCGCAUCCGCUUGAUGCAGACGUCUGGACGGACCGUCGCUCCCACGGACGAAGAUGCCCUCCUGGACCUGCUGCAGCGCUCUCUUGACUCGGGCAAACCGACUGCGGUUGCGCCAUCGAGCCAACUAGCCCAGGCGGUCCUGCACCCGCUAGGCAUUUUACCCUUUGGCAAGCCCUCGUUCGUCACGACCGCCAUCGAGGGCGAGAUUCUAGAUCCGGACGGCUUGAAAUCGCACCACCCCGUUCUCAUGACGGCAGACGAAGAGCUGCCUUAUCUGCAACUGUUUAGCCCAUUUAGCAUCACAUCAAGCCUUGCUGUGCUGCCCCCGCUUCCGAACCAGCCGCCGAGACAGCGGCGUCUGCUGACGCUUCGAUCCCGCGAUAUGCCGGGACUUUUCACCGCCAAGCUGGAGAUGGUCAUCAACGCCAUCAACUUCAGCAUCCUGGAGCUCGGCGUCGUGUCCGUUGAACCAUCCGCCAAGUUUGAGCUGGGACCCUUCAUCGACACGAUAUGUUCUGGAAAGUGCAACAGAACGAUGCAGCAGAACGUCGGCAUCCUGUCGUGGGCCAUGGGGGAAUGGUGCAGGGUAGCGCUCCAGCGGGCCCGAUUCUGGUUGCAGCUGGAAGGCCGAUUGGGAUCGGAGGAGCAAGUACGAAUCACGACUGCCGAAACCCGGACCCGUCUUCAUCACGGGGCCGAGGCGGCCAGGAAAGAGUCGUCGGCUCCCUGUACGAAGGCGGACCUGAUACGGCUUCUAGGACAGCAGUUCUAUCAAGUCCGUGUUCCUGCCGCGGGCACGGGGUCGUCGUCGCUUCGACUGGAGUGGAAGAUCGGCUUCGAUUGGACCGGUGAGGCGAAAAGCACCACGGCAAUUUCGGUCAGCGUCGCCGGCAAAUGGAGACAGGCGGACCAACGAGGCGUGCUUGGCAGGGUGCCCAAGCUUUUUGGAGACCUCGUCGAGGGUGGUGAGGAUGCAGACGUAGCUGUUCAUAAGGUAAUCGCACUUCUCGCUGGAGAGUGA